AUGCUCUUUGCCCUUGUUCUUGCAGACCCUCUAUUCACAACUUGUUCAACUACUGAAUAUGGUAACUAUGAUCUGAAAAGCCCGUUCGGAAAGAACGUGAAGAUUGUCCUUGAAACCUUGCCUUCCAUCACUUCAUCAACCGGCUAUAACAGCACAGCUAUUGGUAAAUUCCUUGACAAAGUCACUGGCAAAGCACUUUGUAGGGGAGAUGUCACUUCGAGUGCUUGUCAGACGUGUUUGAGAGAUGCAAGCCAAAAACUGUUGAAAGAUUGCGAAAGUAAAGAAGCAAUCAUAUGGUAUGAACGAUGCCAAAUUCACUACUCGUUUCAGAAUAUAACUUUAUUGGAUGUUUAUGCCGGGAAGUAUCCAGAUCACUGGGAAUCUCAUAAAAAAUCCGUUUCAGAUCCUGUUCAUUUCUAUGACAAUGUAAGGUUCCUAAUGGACAACCUGUCAAAUGAGGCAGCGCUCAAUCGUUCAAAGCUCAUGUUUGAAACUGGGGAAAUCAAGCAUGGUUGGGAAUAUAUUAUUUCAAUAGUGUAUCGUAACAAUGUGCCUGAUAUUCUUAACCACUUUGUUAAGGUGCCAUGCUUGUGA